ACGGGAAGCAACCGGUCGCGUGCUGCUCUAGGGUGCGCGUUUUUGUCACCAGGACUCGUACAAAGCAAGCUCCGGAAGUCUCGGCAGUUGGAAAAGUUUUGCGGUUUUGCCAAACCUAUUGGGAGCGUUUUUCUUUGCCUUCCGCCGAAGUGUUUGUUUCGUGACAGGUGCUCGGGAAGAAUUUCAUCUUCAAUCAAAUUUAAUUAGGAAAGCUCCAGAUUAGUGAACAAGAAAAACAAUCCACGGUGUAGGGGUGAGUGUUUGCGGGCGGUGUGACUUUCGCGCAUAACGCAAUUUUCACCUUGAGACUCCGCAAAAGAGACGGAAAGAUAGCGGAUAAUCUAAUUUGAAUUCGCAGAAAUCUAAUAAUCUAUUCCUGAUUCGAUAACAGUAACAAUGAUUUCGAUCUGAUUGAAGCGACGAUCGACGGUGGUAAAUUCGGGACGGAGAGAAAACGUUCAAAAAUAAUUUUGCUUAUGAAACUCGAAUCGCGUGAAAAGGUGAGUGUUGAUAGCUAUAAAAAAAACACGCGCCGCAAGUGUUGUGAUACAUAAUCUCAUGAAAAAGGCAUGAAUCCCUGUCCGGGAGGUGUUGAGCGGUAAACUCAGGGAUAAUAUAAAUAAAUAUUCCAAAACAAAACAGUGUGAGUCGGCGAACUCGAAACCGAACGGGAACACAAGUGAAAAUUAAUAUUUAAUUUCAUUUUUCGGCGCCUUCCUGUGCCGUUCUGUCCUGCUGGCUGUGCAUUUUUGCAGAAUAAAGCUACCGGUCGGAGCAAAUAGCAGGCAGCCAUUGCCAAUCAACAUUAUCGUAAUCGAACUCCCACAGCAACUACGGUGAACCGUUAGCCCCUGACUUUGUCCGCCAAUUUCGGAGAGCCGAAAAAAAAAAGCCGCCAAAAUUUAUCCCCACGAGAUGGACUACUCCUACCUGAACCAGGCGGCGGCUGGAUUCGAUUCCAGCUGCCUCCAGGGCGGUAUGGAUCCAACCGGUCUCGGCAAUAUGCCCUGCUCGUACGGUGAUCUGACCUCGUGCAGCCAGAUGUCCCAGGCGGCCUACCGAUACACAGCCGCCGCCGCUUCUAUGGCACGCUCGUACAACCCCGUCGGGACGGCCGUCGGGCCGGGAAACGUCAGCAUGAGUGCCCUGCACCAUGCGGCAGCUGCCGCCGGACCGGGCAGCCAGUGCUCGGUGAUGGGUGGCCGGACCCACCAGGAUGUGCAGCGGGCUUCCAUGUUCCACACGUCGAUGAACUUGCAGUCUGGUCUCCCGUACAAGGUCUACUCCGGUCACGAUUCGGUCUUGGCGGAAAAACGGAAACAGCGCCGGAUACGAACCACUUUCACGUCAGCCCAGCUGAAGGAACUAGAGCGGGCCUUCCAGGAGACGCACUAUCCAGACAUCUACACCCGCGAGGAAAUUGCCAUGAAGAUCGAUCUUACCGAAGCGAGGGUACAGGUAUGGUUUCAAAACCGAAGGGCAAAGUUUCGAAAACAGGAACGGAUUGCACAGCAGAAAGUGUCCAGCAAUAACAACAACAACAAUAGUAGUACCAGCAAUAACAACAACAAUCCAGAUUCAUCGUCAGUGAAAAGCGAACAGAAGUCCAAUGCCGGUAACACGACUCCUAAGGACAUUAAACCCGGAUCGCCACUGUCUACAGUUUCCACCACGCCCAACUCUAGUACUUCCUCUCAUCAGUCUAAUGGAGACAUCAAACCUCUCAAUGGCAAACUGUCCGAUUCCGACAUGAACGGUGGCGGUGGCGUUGGCGGAGGUCUACUCGGUAGCCAUGGAGCGAACGUGACGGGAAGCCUGUCGACGCUGCACAACAGCAGCAAUAACAAUAACAACAAUACCAACAAGUGGAGCACGUCCUGCAACUCGCUGCUGCAGAACCACCAGAAGUCGGCCGCAAAUCAUUUGAGCAUGAAUCACAACUUGCAGAAUCACCAUCACCACGCGGUGGCCGCCCUUUCGUCACCCUUUUCGUCACUACUGGGGGCCGGUGGGGGCGCCGCCGGAUACUUACUGGAUCCGCUCGGAGGAUUGAACAAAACUACCGCCGCCAAUCAUUUAUUCUAAGAGUUUUUCGGGGGUGGUGAUUUGGAAAUUUCCUGCAUUCUGACUAUACUAAGCUUGUAGAGCGCGCUAGUGGAACGACAGCUUAGAUUUUAAAUGACGACGAAAAAAGUGACAUUAGGAUUUUGCUUUCGUUGCAAUCUGUACCGCUUGAGAGAGAAAGUGUAUUACACUUAAAUAAAACGGAUCCUGUCAAGUCCACUAGUUUAUUUAAUUUAAAGUGGCGUUAAUUAGCGUUGAUUUACGUGGUAUUCUUAUUCCGUUACAAAGCGUGUGAACCACAUGCGCGAAGGAUGCUGAGAAAGCCAAUUAAAAAUCAUCCAGAUAUUUACCACGCUGCGUACCAAAACUAAAAGAAUCCAAUCCAAUUAAUCAGAAAAAAGUCUGUCAUUCUUCCUGUCAAGAAAAAAAAUGCAAACGUCCAUCAACAACAACUGACGUAACGGUAACGUAUGAUGAUUCACGUAGACGCUGCACUUUUCUCUAACGUGGUGUCAGAUACGCUAAUUAACCAUGGAAAAGUGCCCCGCUUUGCAUCCAUCCACUUCGCCAGAGUCGCAACAGAAGUUGCAAAAAAAGCCGCGCGUUGAUGCAACGCUUUACAAAUAGUCGUUACGAUGAUCAAUGGCUUGAAUAAGGUUCUAUUUCAAUACAAACAUUCAACGCAUUCUUGUAUACGGAUCGAUUCCUGUGUCCAGAAAAUAAUUUUCUGCCAAUCAGUAUCCAACACACAACGGUUUAGUGAGAGUGGAAGGCAAAAAAACAUCCGAAGUCGUAUAUAAAGGCAAACCUAAUGCAUUAUAUCUUGAUAUUUAAAAAAAUUAUCGUGACAAAGCUAUCUAAGAGAAAAAAUCGCUAAUUGUACGAAUAUAGGGAGAAUCGGUAUGUCGCAAUGUUCGUGAGCUGUAAAUAUAAGUAUUAUGAGUAACAAAACAAAAAAAAAGAAAUGUUUAGGUCAUGUAUAUAUAAAAAAAAUCAAUAAAAUUUUCGU